GGAUCAGCUCCAGCACGCUCGCAACCCUCCUGAGGGAAAGUGCUCCAGAAAAUGGAUGGAUUUUUUUUGGUGCUGGGUGCCAAGUGUAGAGGACGCUGCCUCUGGUCUGAAUUUUCCAGAGCAUACUCACGUAAGCCUUUGUUAAUGCCAAGUGUACAGGCGUGUCCAUAAGUGUAGGUGUUUCCUGCGUGGCUACUUAAUGAUACCUACUGAUGCUGGAAGCUGUUGGCCAUUUUAAAGUUCGCAGCUCAUGGAAGCGCCAGUAUUGAUAAGCACAUUUCUGCUACUCCUACAAAUAACCACAGAAUGCAGAGGGCAACUUGUGUGUGGGCAAGCUCCUCUCAACAGCCAAAUGACUGGGGGUCAAGCACCUCCCCCGGGUGCGUGGCCCUGGCAGGUCAGCCUGCAAAGGUUUGGUAGACACUUCUGCGGGGGGUCGCUCAUCAACAGCGAUUGGGUUCUGACAGCCGCGCACUGCUUCGAAACGGCUGGAGUUGUGACAGCAAUUGUGGGUCGUCAUAGCCAACUGGGUCCCAAUCCUAACGAGAAAAGCCUCAGCAUCUCUCAGAUCAUCCCCCAUCCCGAUUAUGACGAGCGCACCUUCGACAACGACUUGGCGCUUUUGAAGGUUUCUUCGCCCGUCCUCUUCAACGACUACAUCAGGCCCGUCUGCCUGGCUGACAACGGAAGCAACUUCUUCACCGGAACUGACAGUUGGGUCACCGGAUGGGGGAUCGGCUUGGGAGCCACCCAGAACCUGAUGGAGGCAAACAUUCCAGUAGUCGGAAACCGCCAGUGCAAUUGCGACUACAACGAGACCAUGAUCACAGACAACAUGAUUUGUGCCGGCCUGAGAGACGGAGGAAAUGACACCUGUCAGGGUGAUGGUGGCGGUCCCCUGGUGAGCAGGCAAGGGUCCGUGUGGGUCCUGAGCGGGGUGCUGAGUUUCGGAUUAGGUUGCGCCCGGCCGGAGAUUCCGGGUGUCUACACGCGAGUGUCCCUGUACCAGGAUUGGAUCAGCAUCGUCACGGGCCACAGCAACUCGCUAGGCUUCGUCAGCUUCAUGUCUGUGGGCACCGAUCCAGACCUGGAGGUCAACUGUAACACGAGCCCACCCCUCACCAGCAACAGCCUGCGCAGCAUUACGGAAUUUCCAUAUCCCCCCACCAUCAUCGCCUCAAAGUGCCCUGUGUUGACUUGUCCCGAUUGCAUAUGCCACGAAUCUCCUUCGCCCGUGCCCGCCCCUACCCUGCCACAAGAUGCAUGCGGGCAGGCCCCACUCAACGGCCAGAACUUUGGGGGCCCGUUGGCCUCGCCUGGGGCGUGGCCCUGGCAGGUGAGCCUGCAGUCGUUUGGGAACCACUUCUGUGGGGCCACACUCAUCAACAGAGAGUGGGUGCUGACGGCCGCACACUGCAUUACGAGUUCAAUGGUGAUGGCGUCUCUGGGUCGUCAGUGCCUGCAGUGUUUCAACGAGAACGAGGUCAGACGCCCCGUGGUGGAAAUCAUCCUCCAUCCCGACUUCGACCCGCUCACCCGCGACAACGACUUGGCCGUAUUGAGGCUGUCCUCGCCCGUCACCUUCAACGACUACAUCAGGCCAAUCUGCUUGGCCGCCAGCGGAAGCACCUUCUUCCUAACCAAAAGCUGGGUCACUGGAUGGGGGAGCCUCGCCUCUGGAGGUUCUCAACUGCCACCCGUCAACCUGAUGGAAGUUAACCUUUUCGUGGUAGGGAACAACCAAUGCGAUUGCGACUAUGGUGGAGGAGUUAUCACCAACAACAUGAUUUGUGCUGGCCUGGAAGACGGAGGAAAUUAUGCCUCUCAGGCUGACUCUGGCGGUCCCAUGGUGGGCAGUUUUGGAUCUCGGUGGAUCCUCAACGGGGUGAUGAGCUUUGGGAUAGGUUGCGGCCAGCCGGAGAGGCCAGGCGUGUACACACGGGUGUCCAGAUACCAUGAUUGGAUCAGAAGCCACACAAGCAGCGGAGACCUCCCCGGCUUCGUCAGCAACAUGAUCCCGGGGACCGACCCAGACCUCGAAGUUAACUGUUUUGCGAAUAACGUCCAACCAACAUCGCCACCAACAUCCCCACCAACAUCAACACCAAUAUCACCACCAAUAUCACCACCAAUAUCACCACCAAUAUCACCACCAUCAACAUCAACAAUAUCAACACCAACAUCACCACUCUCAUUCGCCACACUACCACGACCACCACCACCACCGUCAUCAACACUGUCAUCACCACCAUCAUCAACACCGUCAUCACCACCAUCGUCCUCCAACACCAUCACAAGCCUCUUCCCUCCCAUUGGAAGUCUUGCCACAACAUCACCACCACCACCACCGUCCUCCAACCCCAUCACAAGCCUCCCCCCGAAUACCAACACAUGCCUCUUCCCUCCCACGGGAAGUCUUGCCACACCACCACCACCACCGUCAUCCAACACCAUCACAAGCCUCCCUCCGAAUACCAACACAGACCUCUUCCCUCCCAUGGAAAGUCUCGUCACAACAUCACCACCACCACCACCGUCCUCCAACCCCAUCACAAGCCUCCCCCCGAAUACCAACACAGGCCUCUUCCCUCCCACGGGAAGUCUUGCCACACCACCACCACCACCGUCAUCCAACACCAUCACAAGCCUCCCUCCGAAUAACAACACAGACCUCUUCCCUCCCAAGGAAAGUCUCGUCACAACAUCACCACCACCACCACCGUCCUCCAACCCCAUCACAAGCCUCCCCCCGAAUACCAACACAGGCCUCUUCCCUCCCACGGGAAGUCUUGCCACACCACCACCACCACCGUCAUGCAACACCAUCACAAGCCUCCCUCCGAAUACCAACACAGACCUCUUCCCUCCCAUGGAAAGUCUCGUCACAACAUCACCACCACCACCACCGUCCUCCAACCCCAUCACAAGCCUCCCCCCGAAUACCAACACAGACCUCUUCCCUCCCAUGGGAAGUCUCCCCACACCACCACCGCCGCCGCCGCCGCCACCGCCGCCACCGCCGCCACCGCCAUCACCACCAAUACUCUCCCUCCCCGAUACUACCAUCAGCUUCUCCACUCCCAAUUCAGCCACCACAUGCGGGCUGGCCGCACUCAACAGCCGCAUCGUGGGGGGUCAGGUGGCUGUCGAGGGCGCGUGGCCCUGGCAGGUCACCCUGCAAGAUUUGAGGGGCCACGUCUGCGGGGGUUCACUCAUCAACAGCCAGUGGGUGCUGACGGCCGCACACUGCUUUCGUAGUUUCAACCCAGUGAUGGCGAUUAUGGGCCGACAGAGGCUACAAGGUCCCAAUCCCAACGAAGAGAUCCGCAGCAUCUCUCAGAUCAUCCGCCAUCCCGACUUUGAUGAGCCCACCUUCGACAACGACCUGGCCCUGGUGAGGCUUUUGUUGCCCGUGCCUUUCAACGACUUCAUCGCGCCCGUCUGCCUGGCCGCCAGCGGAAGCACCUUCUUCACCGGAACCAACAGCUGGGUCACCGGAUGGGGAACCCUCGACUUUGGAGUUCCACCGCUUUCCAACGAACUGAUGGAGGUGGAUGUUCCCAUCAUAGGAAACCAACAGUGUAGUCUCGAUUACACGCCGCUGAUAAUCACCAACAACAUGAUUUGUGCCGGCCCGAGAGAAGGAGGAAGGGACGCCUGUCAGGGUGAUUCUGGUGGUCCAUUGGUGAGCAAACUAGGUGCCAGGUGGAUCCAAAGCGGGAUCGUGAGCUUUGGCAUAGAUUGCGCCCUGGCCAGUUUUCCGGGCGUCUACACGCGGGUGUCACGGUACCACGAUUGGAUCAACAGCAUCACAAACGACGACGACCCGCCGGGGUUUGUCACUUUCACGUCCCCGGGAAUCAACCCUGACCUCCAAGUUCCAAUUGGAUGUCAGCCAUCCUCACGCUUUGUGGAGAUGAACGAGAUGGACAAGCUGAUGUUGAAGACAUUGCUGCUACUGCUGCUGGGCACAGAAUGUGGAGCGCAACCAGAGGUGUGCGGACUGGCCCAGCUCAAUAGCCGCAUCGUGGGGGGUCAGGCGGCUUCCCAAGGUGAUUGGCCCUGGCAGGCCAGCCUGCACAUGUCUCCGAGGGGCCAUUUUUGCGGGGCGACGCUCAUCAACAGCGAGUGGCUGCUGUCGGCCGCACACUGCUUUUUCAGUACCAGACCUGUGACGGCGUUUUUGGGUCGUCAGAGUCAGCAAGGUUCAAAUGCAAACGAGGUUAGCCGCGACAUAGUCGAGACCAUCCGCCAUCCCGACUACAACCCGAGUACCUUCGACAAUGACAUCGUCCUAUUGAGGCUUUCCUCACCCGUGACCUUCAACAACUUCAUCGCGCCUGUCUGCCUAGCCGCCAGCGGAAGCACCUUCUUCACCGGAACCGACAGCUGGGUCACCGGAUGGGGCAACAUCGGCUCGGGAGUUCCUCUACCAUUCCCUGAAAACCUGAUGGAGGUGGAGGUUCCCGUGGUGGGAAACAACCAAUGCAAUUGUGACUACGACAAUACGAUCACAGACAACAUGAUUUGUGCGGGCCUGCGAGAAGGAGGGAAGGAUUCUUGUCAGGGUGAUUCUGGCGGUCCAAUGGUGAGCAAGCAAGGUGCCAGGUGGGUCCAAAGCGGGGUGGUGAGCUUUGGAGAAGGUUGCGCCAGGCCAAACCUGCCAGGCGUCUACACGCGGGUGUCUCGGUACCAGGGUUGGAUCAGCAGCCAUAUUGGUAGCGACAACUUGCCGGGGUUCGUCACCUUCACGUCCUCGGGAACCGACCCUGACCUGCAGGUUAGCUGCGGUGACCAGACGCCGACCAGCACAACCCCACCGCUCGUCAGUACUAGCACUGGCACACUCACACGGGUCUUUUGCGGGACCGCCCCAUUGAAUGAGCGCCUCUCGGGUUCUGGAUCGGCCACAACGGGCGAUUGGCCCUGGGCGGCCCGUCUGCAUUUGAACGGAAGUCUCGUAUGUAGCGGCAUGUUGAUUAGCGUGGACACCGUGCUGACCAGCGCACAAUGCACCGCACAGUCCGACGCGGUGUCCGAGUGGACCGUCUUCCUGGGUCAAAGUGGUUCUGAGACAGCGGUGAACGUGAUCACGAUCACAACCAGCACACGGCCGGGUCCGAAUGUGGCGGUCUUGCGGCUGGCAUCGCCGCCGCCGCUGUCCAACUUCAUCCAACCAAUCUGCAUGGCCAGUGGGCAGAUCUUCGCAACUGGUUCCACCUGCUGGGCUGCCGGAUGGAGUACGAGCCAAGGAGGAGAGGUUCUCGAGGAGGUCCAGACGCCUCUGCUGGACUGUGGGAAUGGGACGUCCACCGACUCCAUUUGUACUGAACUGACAAUUGACCAGGAGAAUACUGGUGGGGCGUUGAUGUGCCAGCUGGGCAGCUUCUGGUACCAGGCAGCGGUGCUGGACACCACCAACGCCAGCCGAGCAGGACGAGAGGACCAAAUGAUUGUCUUGCCCAACCUCAGUGUCUUUAACAGCUUCCUGAGACAGGCAGUGGGGGAUUUCUUAUCACCCACCACCUCCAGCUCAGCGCCGCCAUCCCACCUCAGCGAGCUCCUGUUGGUCGGCGUGGGUUUGCACGUUGUCCUGAUGGCAAUAUGUAACUGAACGAAACAGGAAGUGUCCCAACUUUAAUGUGAAAGCUAUUUUUCAAUUACUUGGAUUAUUGCUUCUGAUGCUAAUCAAACUUUCAACCUCCCCAUUAACUUGUACAGACUUCUGAAGAAAUAAUAUGAGCACUAUUUUUUUCUUUACAGAAAAUGUGAAAAUGAAUGAUUCGCUCUUUUUGAUGAUUUUGUCAAAACAUAUUUCUAUAGACACCGUCCUUAAUAAACGUAAAUAGUUUUACAUAUGUAGCAUUU